AUGGCGGCUUCCAAGGCACAAUCUAUGGUUCAGAGCGAAGCGGAAAAUAUGCUCACCUCUUUAGAGAAAGGGAAGGUCAGACCGAUGCAGAGGGAUGCCCAUUUAUGUGCCGCACAAUGUUGUGAAGAUCAAAUCUCAGGAACUCAUAACAUACAAAACUGCAUCUCAAAAUGUUUCCUUCCUCCGCAAAGAACCCAGGAGUAUAUCAAUCAAGAAGUGAAUAAUUUUCAGGAUCGUCUAUCACGUUGUGCUAAGUCAUGUCAGGAUACAAUUCAAGAUAAAGUAAGCAUUAAAACCACGCAAUCAGAGGCUGGGAAACUACAAGAGGAGAUGAACACUUGUGUUGACCAAUGUUGUGAUUCUCAUCGUGAACUUUUACCCAGGAUGUUUGAAAGAAUGAGCGAGACAUUGGCUCAACUGCAGCGCGCGCCGUCUGCCUAGUAAAAUUACUGAAAAUUUAGGAAAUACAUUAGUCAUUAUAUGGGA